CUUUGCACUUGCACCACCAUCCAUACCAGCUGAUACUCUACUAGCUUACGAACGACUAGCUCACAAGCUAACUACUAGCCAACUCACUGAGAUAGAGCCUCCCACCAUCGCCAUGGACGAAGACGUGCAGUACGUCGGGAUGCGGCUGCCCCCCAUCGACUUUCCAGAUGGCACCUAUGCAGCCCGUCGCAGCGGCACAGGCGGGAGCAGCGGCGGCGUGCAGCCCCGCAUGGACACCUACGGUGGGCAGCUUGCGCUUGAACGACUCGGAUGGCACCCGGCCGCUGCAGCCACGGCCACGGCCACGGCGAGCCUGCGUGGCGUCGCCGUGGGCCCGCCGGGCGCCUCAUUCCCGUCCCCAUCCCCAUCCCCAUCACUGUCAUCGUUAUCGUUAUUUCCAUCGUCGUCGUCGUCGCCGUUGUAUAGGGCGGGAGCUAGGAUGGACGUGCUGACGACUGUGCUCGCAGGCAUCACGCUCGCUGUGCAGCGCCGUGCCGACCAGGCGCCGUACGAUGUGUCGUUCCAUAGAUCGGGCGGGGGUACCGUUGAGAUCGGCCGCAAGUCGUCCUCGUCGUCCUCGUCGAGAUCGGGAGGCGGGGGCGGGCGCACGACGAAUACGGAGAGAUAUGCGGUGUUUGCGUGUCAGGUUGUGAGCGCGAAGCAUGCGAAGAUGGUGUUCACGAACGGCGGGCAGGUCUAUCUUGUUGACCUCGAUUCGCGUCACGGCACGCACCUCCUCAAGCGCGGCGAAGACAUCUCUCACACGAUCCAGCCGGGCGUCGAGACCGCGCUCGACGACGGCGACAUCGUCACCUUUGGCAAGACCGUCGGCGCCGGGCGCCAGAUGGUCGAGCCCGUCACGGUCCGGGUGAAGCUUCUCAGGCGCACGGUGCGGACCACAGCCACUGCCGUCGGCGCUAGUUCGGAUGCUGCUGCUGCUGGCACGGACAAGAACCCUAUCAUGCUCAGCGGCUAUCCGUCGGACUCGGACUCGUCGACGUCGUUGCCUAGUCCGCCGCGCGCGGACAAGAGGGGUAGUGUGGAGGAUAGGAGCCACAGGGAUAUCUACGCGGAGCUGUUCCAGAACGACGGCAAGGGCGGCGGUGAGGGGGGUGGUCUCAAGCGGAUCGGCAGCGCGGGCAGAUACGGGCUCUUUGAGCCCCCGAGCGAGCCUGAGCGCUCGUCGGAUGGUGAGAACGAGCAUGAACAUGAGAAUGAGGAGGGCGAUAAACCCGCGCAGAGGAGCGAGCACCACUCUGCUUCUGCCGCUCCUGCCACUGCCACUGCCGACGCUACGGCGCGGGAGAACAGCCCCGCGAUGCCGAUGCCGAUGCCGACCUUUAGCUUUGACGGCGCGGAUGGCCAGAUCGAUGUCGAGGACUGGCGCUCGACGUUGCACGAGCCGCUGUUUGGCGAUCUGCUCCCCAAGGAUGUGGAUGCGGACUACCUUAUUGACGAGCCCGAUCAUGAACGCGAGCGUGCGCUGGAUGCUUUCGAGGCUGAAGCCCAGGAGCAAGAAGAAGACGAUGAUGAGGACGAAGAAGAGGGGGAAGAAGAAGAAGAGGACGAGGACGAGGACGAGGAGGAGGAAGAAGGUCCCGUCAUAUCUAGGCUUGAAACACCGAGCGAGAUGGACAUGGGCACGCCCGCGCCCGCUCUCUCCGCCGCUGGCGACGAGGCGCAGUCCGAGGCGGACAUGGACAUGGAGACGCCCCGCGAACAGAGCCGCGCGUCGUCGCACUCCCACUUUGACCUGCACCUGCCCGACGUGCCGACGCACCACCCGGAGCUGCUGUUCGAGCCGAGCGUCGAGCCCGAGGAGAUCACGCUUAUCUCUGCCGGCGCUGCUGCUUCUUUCGCUGGACAGGAUGAAGGCCAGAGUAACAAGCUUCAGGAGAUCUUGAAGGACGGCGUUGGGACUGCAAUGGGAGAGCAGGUUGCGCGCGAGGAUCUGCCGUCGCUGAGGACGAUCUUCUCGGAUAUCACGCCGACGCCGUUUGGGCGGGACACUAUCCCCGUCGCCAAUGCGAGCAGGGCGCAGUCCGUAGGAUCGCCUGUCGAGCGGCAUGUGUCUGUGCCUGUCUCGGAUGCUUCUGCGGGUGAUUCGUCUGCGGACGACGAGGAUGAAGACGAUGAGAUGGGCAAUGAGGCGGAUAGGGCGGCGAUCUCGGAGCUGCAGGCGUCUUGCGAGCAUAUUCAGACCGAGCUCGGCGAGCUUUACUCGAGCGUCGACGCGCUCGAGAACGACGUUAACACGGUCUCGGAGGACCUCGAGGACGUGCACGCGCACUUUGAGCGCCUCGACCGGCUCUCGGAUACGUCCCUGGGGCGCCUGCAGGCCGUCGAGAGCAGGCUGAGCGCGCUUGCGGGCGUCAAGACGCAGGUGGAGGGCUUGCAGGCGAGGGUGGACGCUGUUGCUGCGAUGCCGCAGCCAUCUCAGGAGGAUAAGGAGGAUAAGGAGGUGUAUAUGAAGGAGCUUAGGGAGACGGCGAGGGAUCUGAACGAUGUUGUUGCCGAUAUUCGCGAGCUCCAUCGGGAGACGAAGCAAAGGCUCGCUGGUGCUGUUGAGGAGAUUUUGGCCGCGCGCAAGGAGGCACUGGCUGAGAUUCAGUCUGAGGUCCAGGCCUUCAAGACGCUCAAGCGCAAGCGUUCUGACUCCGACAUGACGGACGGCGAGGUGGCGGAUGUUACUUCUCAAUUGGACGUCACCGCAGUCACAGCUGCUCAGCCUCACCCGGCGUCGAUCAUCAUCCAGGCCCCGCCUCCACCCCCGCGCAAGCGCAUGAGACGCGUGUUGUCCCUGACGGCGCGCACUGCGACGGCGGUCGCGUUCGGUGCUGUUGCGACGUGGUCUGCGCUUGCUUUCUCUUAAAGCUCUCGAAGCUUUUUGAAGGCCUACAACUCAGGGGGGCACUUCGGUUUGAAGUUCUGGCUCAAGGCCAAUAGACUUCGAUCGAACAUUGACCAUCCCUCGGAAGCGUUAACAUUUGAACGCUCCGCUGGCAUAUUCAUGCCACGUUAUGACUUACAUGCUCUCCGACUUCUCUCCCCGUUUCGUUUCGUUCUCGUUCAUUUCCAUCCAUCCAACUUCAGUUGAACUUCCAGCCUUCAUGCCUCAUGCAAUUUUCCAUCCAUCCAUCCAUGUACAUUUCCUCUGCCGCACCUCCUUCGUCUUUCUCCCAUCCUGUGUCCCUCGUAGUUUUGGUUUGGCUGACUUCUUUUUGCGCUGUAUUUUUAUUUGUUGCGUGCGUGUGCGUGUACACCACGACUCCGUUGACAUCGUUUUGCCAUCAUCCAUCGUCUAUCGCCCAUUGACAAAAUCGUGUAUCCCUUCCACUUCUCUCGAUCCUGUACCCUUCCUCCCCCUUCGUACUUCUACGUCUGCGUUGAAAGAGCAAGUUAAUUAUGACUCUGUUGUA